CCCUACAUAAUGAUUAGCUAAUUAAUACUGAUCCAUCUUAACAUGCAUAAUAACCAAGUAGACACAGACGUACCAUGUGUUGUGACUGAGUAUAUGACAGGAAAACAAACCGCUCUGUGUCAUUUAGAAGGAAACUGCACGCAUAUUAGCGUUUUAUUGACUUGUCAAAAGUUGCUAAAAGUUACAAAAUAAAUUGCUGCUAGUUGCUAAACUGCUGUUAGUUGCUUCUGUGAAAACGAAAGUUGCCGUAGCCUGAAAAAUUGCUAAAUCUAGCCCAAAACUGCGAAAUUGACAACACUGGCUCACAGAUCGGAGGGGGUGGGAAGGGGGGUGGCCAAGGUAUAAGUUGUCCUCCUCUUACUCAUGCAUGACAGCUGUAGGUGGCCAUGCAGUGUGAGUUGCGGGGUCUGAAAGAGAGAAACCGGCACUAAGAUCACGCGGAAAGCGCCGAGCAAUGGCUUGCGCUGUUUGAGCCCACGCGGACAGCAGCGUCCAAAACGUAGUCAGGCUGCAGGAGGCGCCGAAGCUGUACUUUUAAUUUGAGGGGGAAGCAUUUUCUGACCGUGCGCGCACCGUGGCCCCUGUGCUGUUUCCAGUGACACCCGCAGGUUGCCAUGGCCACGGGUCGCGGACGCGCUUUGGCCAGUUUCAUGCAGGGCGUCGAGAAGCUGAGGAAAGCCGGGUCCGGGUCUGAGUCCAGACAGGACCCCACCGAAAAGCUGCAGCAAGCCCAGUCCGGCUCCGAGUCCGACAGGACCAGACGUGGACAUUGCACUGCAAAGCAUCAAGGCAAGGCAGCUGCUGCCUGCCAAAGCCAGGUCCAGUGUACCCAAAACUACCUCGACAGGAUGCCUCCUGAAGUUCUCCAAAAGGUACUUUUGUACCUCGAUGCUGCCUCCCUGCUUUGCAUUAGCCAUGUGAAUAAGACGUUUUACGAGCUGGCCAACAGCAACUAUAUGUGGCACAGGAUGUACUUGCGUGAAUUUGAAAAGAAGGCAUGGAAGCCCAAAAAAGCAGAGGAAGUGACGGAGAGGAUGAAUUCUGCCUGCAUACAUGAGAGGGGGCAGGGCUACUGGAGGAAUGUGUACUUCAGGAAGAUGUCUGGAUACAGCGAGGAGCGCUGGAAGCUGCAGCUGAGGAGACUGGACCCUUACACAGGGCUGUCCAGGGACACCGUGCAGGUGCUCAGGAGCCUGAACGUCUCGUGGGAGAUCACCAUGACAGAUAAACACGGGAGAGAAACCACUCUCGAACAGUCCCACGCCUACUUCUCCGACUCUGGGGUUACACUCUGUUGGACCAAAGGCAGCUUCCCCUACUUGUACAAGAUCUCCUCACUGCAGCUGCAUGGUGUGCGCCGGAUGCCUCUGAUUGUCUCUGGCGUGAACAGACCCGGCUGGCGCUCCCUCAUCUUUAAGCUGGAUGGAGACACGAUCCGGAGGACUGGCCAGUACUUCGGUUCCGACCAACUGGUCAAGCUGCUUCACCUGCAGCCGGGACUCGUUAUCGCAGUAUGGAGGAGCCAUUGGUCCAUAGUAUUCAUCAUGGUGAACCUCCACUUCCACAGGCUGGUAGAGAGAAGUCUGCUGGGGACGUCAAUAUGCCCCUAUGUGGCACCAGAUGACAGACUGCCCUUUGAUGAUGUGGACCCCGAAUAUGGUCUCCAUGGAUACUCUCUGCACAUAUCUCUUCACAACACGAUGAAAAUCAUCAUGUCGGGGCAUUUCCCUCAGCUCUCCUGCAGGAAAGACCAGAUCCGAAACGGCUUCAUAAAGCUGACGGCUAUCAGCAGGAAGAAUCUAUCCCAGCAAUCUGCCCUCUCCGGGAAAUUCAUCCUGCCAUGGAAGUCUGACUUUCUGAGUGGCAGUAUCGAGAACUGCUGCAUGAUGAAUUUGACUGUUCUUGAUGAGGCCCAGCAUCCCUUCUGGUGCGUCAGUGUACCUGUGACCAUGACCCUGUCUGACAAGGGCUCUGUGUCCUAUGACUUGGAUGGAGAGAACUUCUACAUCAAACACCAGGAAAUGGACGGCAAGGUCAUGCUGGACCUGGUGUGGAUGAGGGAGCACUCACAAUUCUUCCUUGUGCACCUUGUGGUCUAUAUCUCCACCUCCAAAGUGAAUGAACAUUUUGGGCGAGAGUAUUGAGGCAGUCGCGUCUGAAACAUGGUUUACUGCUUUGUUCUUUGAGGAACCAAACAGUCUUACAAAAUGUUUGCAUUCAGAUAACUGCUGACACAUCCUUGUUUUUUUUUUUAAUACUUAAUGUUAUAUUCCUAAGCUUCCAGUGUUUAAUGCAACAGAUAAGUUGAAAGAGGCAGUGAGGUUUGAUGUUGCUAUUACAAUGGCGACUGUAUUAGUUUUACUUUUGUUAGUUAAAACAUUCUUGUUUGAAAGAAGUCAUUGUGAUGUUUGUUGAUUUGUCAAAAUUUCAGAAUUUGGGGUUGGGUUGAAAUUUGUUCUAAAAUAAAUCCACUCCAGAAUGCAUAA